AUGGAUAUCUCUCACCAGAAUUGCAUCGAACCAACGAUUAUCCCUGAGAAAUUAAACGUCGCGGAGCCAAUCGUUGCAACAGAUCCUCCUCCUCCUCUGUCUCCUCCUGCUCCCCUCCACCAGAACAACCAUCAAGCACAGGCUCGUCUAGAGGAUGUUCAGAGAGCUGUAGAGCGGAUGCUGGAAAAUAGGAGCAUGAGCUAUGUAGAUGGACUUGUUCUCAUACCUUCACACGACUUGUUCCUUGUUGAAAAUGUCCAACGCAUAUGCAUUUGCGAUACAGAGGAAUGGGUGAAGUAUAAUGAUGUGCUCUUGUUCUGGCAAGUUAAGCCUGUUGUCCAUGCCUUUCAGUUAACUGAGGAAGGACCAUGUGAGGAACUCGGCCCUGAUGGACAACCUUUUAGCUUUAAUGAAUUGAUUCUUCCUGCUAAGGAGUUUGAUGGCUUAUGGGAAAGGUGUGUCUCAGAGUCAGGUCCUGACUUGGUUGUAAAGAAGUAA